GGGAUGCUCCUUCAACAACAACAGCUAGUCAGACACCUCGGUAGCUUUCUAGCAAACAUAGCUACAACAUUCACGCUCUUUACACUGUUUUGGUGUAUAUUAGUCGCUCUGUAAUAAACAUACUUCUCUCGUAUGUACUUGUUGGCCUAUGCAAUUAUAUAUUUACGUUGUUUGUCAGCUAGCUGGUUUGCUAAGUUAGCUUAGAACUAGGCUAAUCGCUAAUGCUAGCUAGCUAACAUCCCCGACCAUGAGCUCACUAAGCUACUCUCCUCCUGGUAAAGAAGAUGAGGUCUGCUGGACGGAGAAAGAAACUCUCGUGGAAGAGGAGGCUGUUUCAAUACAAAAACAAGUAGAGGGUGAGGCUGUUACCGUGAAAGAAGAACAGAAAGACGUUUCAGUGAAAGAAGAGGAAGACUCGUUCAGAGUGAAAGAGGAGGAGGAAGUUACAGUAAAAGAAGAGGAGACAGAGAGAGAGGAGGAUGCAGUUCUUGGAGUGAAAGAGGAGGAUGGGGAGACGACUAUCACAUCAAAAAAGGAGGAGGAGGAAACUGAAUAUCUGGGCCCUGUUUUCCAAACGCAUCUUAAGGCAUCCAAUUGUUCUAACAGUAAACUUAGCCGUAAGAUGGUUUUGGGAAACCGGGCCCUGAUUAACACUAGAGAGAGACGUGACGAUCUUGCAUCCUCUUGGGAGCCUCAACAACCUCAUGAUACUGACGAGGCAGAGAAGAGUCUCUCCAGUUCAGAACAUCUCAAUAAACACCAGCAGAGAUCCACAGGGAAGAAAUCUCACCACUGCUCUCACUGUGGGAAAAGUUGCAAAUCUUCAUCAGAACUUAAAAUACACCUGAGAAUUCACACAGGAGAGAAACCUUUUGCCUGUGAUCAAUGUGGGAAGAGUUUUACUCGGCUACAAACCCUGAAAUCACACCAGAGAAUACACACUGGAGAGAAACCUUAUAGCUGUAAUCAAUGUGGGAAGAGUUUUACGACAUCUAGCUAUCUAACUAUACACCAGAGAACACACACAGGAGAGAAACCGUAUAGCUGUGAUCAUUGUGGGAAAAGUUUUACUACAUCUAGUUAUCUAACUAUACACCAAAGGACACACACAGGAGAGAAACCAUAUAGCUGUGAUCAUUGUGGGAAGAGUUUUACUCAGCCAGACAGCCUGAUAUUACACCAGAGAACACACACAGGAGAGAAACCUUAUAGCUGUGAUCAAUGUGGGAAGAGUUUUUCUACAUCUAGCGUUCUCACUAUACACCAGAGAACACACACAGGAGAGAAAUCAUAUAGCUGUACUCAAUGUGGGAAGAGUUUUUCUACAUCUAGCUAUCUCACUAUACACCAGAGAAUACACACAGGAGAGAAACCAUAUAGCUGUUAUCAAUGUGGGAAGAGUUUUACUCAGCUAAACAGCCUGAUAUUACACCAGCGGACACACACAGGAGAGAAACCUUAUGGCUGUGAUCAAUGUGGAAAGAGUUUUGGUACAUCUGGCUGUCUGAAGACACACCAGAGAACACACACAGGAGAGAAACCUUAUAGCUGUGAACAAUGUGGGAAGAGUUUUUCUACAUCUAGCUAUCUCACUAUACACCAGAGAAUACACACAGGAGAGAAACAAUACAGCUGUAGCCAUUGUUUGACCAGAUUUGCUUGGCUAAACAGCCUAGUAUCACACCAGAGAACACACACAGGAGAGAAAUCUCAUAGCUGUGCUCAAUAGGGGAAGAAAUACUCUGAAAUACUCUGAUUAAACAUUUUUCAUGAUAUCAAUGAAAUAAUGUCUCAAUGUAGAAUGUUUUUAACAUUGUAGUAGGAGUAUUUUAAUGAAUGUCAGAAUGUAGAACCCUAAACAUUUGCCUUCAGGUUCUAUUGUUUUUAGCCUCAGGGGAAAAUUCCAGGUUCUGAAUUGAAAGAGUACUAUUUAUGAGAUUUAACAAAAAGUGACUAACUAAAAAAGAGUUGUUACACUUACCACGUUGGUGACCCACUAGAAUCAAAAUGAAACCCUUCAAAAUGUAGCUGGUUGUUUUCUACAAAUUGUCUUCUAACCAAUGAUGUAUAGAUUAUUCCCAGAUUCCGUGUGGUUUUUGCUGUGUUGGUUUUAACAGGAUGUGCAACCUCACCUCCCCCCUCUCGCAUAAUUUAUUUCAAUAUGAUAUCAAUGAGUGAUUACAAAUAAGUGUUGUGUUCCUUUGUUUAGCCACCCCUACAUUUAAAUGCAUCACUCCAAAAUGUAGCUGACUGUCUUCUGCAGGUUGUCCUCUAACCAGUGAGGUAAAAGAUAUCUCCCAUUUCCAUGUGUUUUUGUUUAGUUGUGUUCGUUUCAACAGCACGUAAAACCUGAUUUCCCCCCAAAUCGAUAUCAGUGAUUUAUUGCUUCUUGUCAAAACAACAGGGUUUGUGGUGCUUGUGCAGUUAAUAAGGUGCUUGUUUAACAAAUACAAGUCAGAGAGAAUAAAGUAGGCUGCACACGUCAAACGUUUGAUUUAUGACCCGAUGUCCGGAUGCCGUGUGCAUGCCCAUAUUUGGGCAUCCUGUCAGGACCUUAUCACUGCUUAUGUCCAUAUGUGGGCAUCCUGUUCCUGUUCUCACGCGUUAGCGGGUGUGCUAAUUUAUGCAUAUAUUGCAUCUAUUCCUUUGAAGUUGUCAUGAUGAUUGAUGUCUAGGGACCUCUUUGAACUGGGGGGGGGUGUUUGAACAUUUCAAAGAGUAUGGCCCCCUACCCCUAUUUUAUUGACCUGUCGUCUAUGAAACAGGAAUGUCCGGGGUAUUGGGUGUGGCAGACGCAUUAUAAAUGAAGCCCAGAACAAGGCAUGCGGCCCACGAACACUAAACAAGAUUUUAAAAAUAAAACCCUGAAUAUUAAACAGAAAAUUAUGUCUCCUAGGCCAAUUCUCGGGGUGCUAUGCAUCUCUUGUCAUGCACCCAAUGACAAAAGCCUUGAGGAAGUUUUGUGUGAGACUCCAGAAUGUUUUAAAUGAGUUUUGGUUACGAGUGAGGGACAUAUGACUUACAUAUUCCAACCUGAGGAAUCUACGGUUCAGAUAUUCACAGACAGCGGCCCCAAACCCCUUUAUCAGGCAAAACCCAAGAGUUUUUCUCCUGCGCUGCGGAUGAGAGAAUGGCUUAAGAAAAGGCUUGCACUCUGUCAAAUUGAACAGGCCCUGAGUGGUACAACUCUCCCCGGAUAUGCAGUGGAAUAACUGGUCUGCGGACGCAGUGAUCUGAAGGCCCUAAGAAUCGCUUCAAUGGCGUAUAGCCCUGACUCCAAAGUGACAAUUUUAGCAUGUGAACAAUUUGAUAGUGCAAAUGCGACAAAUGUAUUUUCCAAAGCAUUCAAGGAUGUAAACCUUUUAUGCCGGUGUUUAGCUUUAAAUGGAUUGAUUAUCCCAUAUUCAUAACCAUUAUGAAUAAGCUGGACAGUCUUUUCCAAAAUAGUGAACAAUUAUGGCGCUGGCCACGUCUAUCCUUAAGACAUUCCCAGGAUCCACAUGCCCGACUGAUGAUCUACCCCUGGAGUGAAAACUUACGGAGCUUUGAUGGAGCGUGCAAGAGAGCCUGUCUUGGCAUUAGUGAAUUGGAAACGGAUGCAGGUCAGGGCUAACCAAGCCCCUAAACAAGCCCUAUAUCUGUAAGAAAGGAAUAGUCAAAUGGUUAAUUAAUUAUAACAGGUUUUAAACUGUAUGUACUAAAUAUUUUGAAUUAAAUAAAUGCUUUCAAAAUUUUCUCUCACCUUUCAACGAAGGGGCUCUGUCUUUUCGCUCUAUCAUCAUGCAUGUCUCUGAGAAAAAUAAUUUCUGAAAAGCCGUGUGCGUGCACGGUGUACGUGUGCCGGGCCAGGAGGAGCGUGUGUUUCAAAAACAAAAGGGGUGGGGGUGUGUGUCUCUGUAGGGGUCGUUUGAAACCAAAGUUUGCAAUAUCAUGCAAACUGUAUGUACAGAUAUCUGCCUACCCCCCCA